UUAAUUGGCAAAGAUGAUGGUUCUCUCUCAUCAUUUGGUUGCUGUGUUUGUAGUGAUUAAUGCAAUAGUAAGAUUCAGUGAUUAUAGAUUUGGUACUGGUGUUGAUGGUUUACGUAUGGAUUACUAUAUAAUGAGUUGCCCAUUUGCCGAAACUAUGGUGAGGAACACAGUUAACAGAGCUUUGCAAUCAGAUCCCACUCUAGCAGCAGGGCUUCUCCGAAUGCAUUUCCAUGAUUGCUGGAUCGAGGGAUGUGAUGCCUCAAUUCUAAUCGACUCUACAAAGGAUAACAAAGCAGAAAAGGAGUCCCCUGCGAAUUUAAGCUUGCGUGGCUACGAGAUCAUUGAUGAUGCAAAGCAGCGGAUCGAGAAUCAAUGCCCUGGAGUUGUUUCCUGUGCUGACAUUCUUGCAAUGGCUGCUAGGGAUGCAGUGUUUUGGAGUGGGGGUCCCUUUUAUGACAUUCCCAAGGGAAGAAAGGAUGGAAGAAGGUCCAGAAUUGAAGACACAAUUAGACUGCCUCCACCCAUUUUAAAUAGCUCAGAGCUCAUCAGGACAUUUGGACAGCGUGGUUUUAGUGUUCAAGAAAUGGUUUCAUUAUCUGGAGGACAUACAUUAGGCGUGGCAAGGUGUUCCUCUUUCAAAAACAGACUAAGCAACUUUGAUGCAACACAUGAAGUGGAUCCAAGUCUAGAUUCCAACGUGGCAAAGACAUUAUCUAAAAUAUGCAGCUCUAGCGCAGGAGACAACGCAGAAGCACCCUUUGAUUCAACAAGAAACAUGUUCGAUAAUUCAUAUUUCAAUGCACUACAGAUGAAAGCCGGUGUGCUUACCUCAGACCAAACCUUAUUCACAAGCCCCAACACCAGAGGCAUUGUAAAUGGCUAUGCCAUGAACCAAGCCAUGUUUUUCUUCAAUUUCCAGCAAGCAAUACUCAAAAUGGGCAUGCUUGAUGUUAAAGAAGGUGCUGCAGGAGAAGUACGCGGAGAUUGUCAUAGAAUCAACUAG